CUCCCUUCCGAGAGUUACACAAGCACGAGAUUCGAGAGGAAACCACCACGGGAGUUCUCUCUCUUUCUCUCUCUCUUUCUCCGUUUUUUCGCUUGUUCGUCGCAUUCGCACUCCUUCGGCCGGUUAAGUAUGAACUCCCUGAACAGGACUGUCGGUCGUUUAAUGGGAAUCAACCGUAAUUUGAAGAGAUAUGAGAGAUUAGCACAGAAGCUGUACUCGCCUGUUUCUGCGUGUGAUAGGCCUACAAUAAGGGAAUGUAGGCCUAUAAAUCCUCAUGUCCCUGUGUUAUCUAAGUUCUUCUCGACGCGUGUUAAAGAAGAACACGUUAAAUUGGGCAGUCUGGAGUACAACGUUCAUCCUGGAUUUGGGACAGUGAGAGCCAUAGGAGAAGGGGUGGACUACGUUAUAAAACCUGCUAAUCCACAAGAAUUCCCCGAUGCCGACCGUGCGUUUGUCAGCAUUUACGGCGUUUCGAACUCCUCCUUGGACACUGUGAGGGUAGAACUGUUGGGAGAGAAGAAAGAUACGCUGGCCGUGUCUUCGUCUCCUGGAUCAUCGAGGCUUUAUUGCGAGAUUGAAGUCCCGAUAAAGUAUGAUAUCAGCGCCAACCUUCAGAGUGACGCCUGCCUCCAGAUAAUGGGCAUGGAAGCCGACGAAGUGGACAUCACGACAGAGGACGGAGAAGUGGCGACACGCGGUCUCAAGAGCCACAACAUUCACAUCAAAACGCAGCAUGGGAAUUUUACAGCUGAGGGAACACUACAGGGAAAUAUUUCCAUCGUUGCUAAGGCAACAAACCUGAAAGCCAAAAGACUACAGGGACUGAAGAUGAACAUCGUAGCCGAAGAACUGAACACAAAUGUGCAGUCUUCUUACAUGAACGAGGGUCAGAUAACGGCGCAGCGAGGAGACAUCGUCAUUAACCACUUGCAUGGCUCGACCUCGCUGACACUGAAGCAGGGAAAACUCUCUCUGAGUGGGCUGCACGGUCACCUAACAGGGUCAGUGGGUUCAGGCAAAGUGGACGUACAAGUGACAGAAAUAACUGAAGACUCUUCACUCAUCUUACAAGAAGGGAGCAUGGUUGUGUCCGUUCUAGAUGAGCCAAGGCAUAACCUCCAUGUGACAGCCCCGUCUUUGGACAUAUCUAAAGAAAUCUCCUCCGACGCAGCUGCCUCCACCACCAGUACCUCCCUCAAACUACAAGCGAGAGAUGGCGCACGAGCAAACACCUUUUCAGCAGAAGUGGCCGAGGGCUCAGCGAAAGUACAGAGACAAGACUGGUUUGCCACUUUGGGGAUAAAGAUCGGCAAUUAGGCAGACGUGGCCAAAGGUGCUAAAAUUAUGGGCAAGGAUAGACUGUUGGAUUAGAAGGGUGUCUUUGAACUGAGGAGGGAAUGAAUGUCAUAUUCUAGUAGUAUAUUAAUUGUUAUCUGUAAAAUUCAUGAGUGUGAUAUUUGAAUUCUAUAUGUUAGUUCAAGAGAAUUCCAAUGCUGAUCUCAUAUAGGGUGGUUGUCAUGAACAUUGUUUGUCUUUUAGAUAGAAUGAAAAGGGUGUAAUUGAAACAUGUAUUGUCUUGUUUUAGAUAUUUUUUUUAGCUUAUUAUUAAAGAUGUGUUAAUGGGGAAAGAGGUUACAUAUUUCAGUCUCAAAAGCAAAUCAGGAAAUAAGUGUUGAUCAGUCUGCCAAUUCUUGAAUAUCUCAGGUGAAGUUAAAAAAGAAAAAAAUAUUUCUAGCCUGUUUUACAUAUUGCUCUAGACCUUUUUUGAUAUUUUUCAAUCUACCUCAGUCAUGUGAAUCAUGCAUGGGUGAUGACAAACAGUUUGUUCUAGUCACAUGAGUGAAUAUGUUUUGUCUGUUUAUAUGUCAUUACCUGUAAUUAUUUUUUAUUUAUUAACAUGUAUAAAUGAGGAUGUACAUAUCAAAAAUAUAUGAUCUUGUUCUAAAGUACUUUGUUAAUUUUUCAUGUAAAUGUGAACAUGGAACAUUUCUAUAAUCAAUUUAUAUUGUCAAACAGUUUGUAUUGCAACAACCAACCACAUAAUAUGGAUUUCAAAUGUGUCUUGUUAUGAAAUUAUUUUAGAAGUUUUACUUUCACUAACUGAAAAGUGUACUUUAUAUAAUUUGUCCUGCAUUGUGUUCUUCUUAAAGUAAAUUAAUAAACUUCAGUGAUUAUCAAGAAAGCAUUUACAAAACAGACUGUUCUCUUUUAAAAGGAGCUAUAGUAUAAAUUGAUCAUAUUUUCUCAAUAACCAAUUAACAACAAGGUAUCAAAAAUGAAAACCAGGAUUCAAAUCGAGCAGCUGACUGAUAGUAAAAUGCUAUGAAAAAUUA